UUCUUUUGAUUUCUUUAAUUUUCUCAGGAAACAAACACUAGUCUAGCUAGUUUUUGUUGCAUGCAUAUGAUCUUAUCUUAUAUAUGUAGUAGUGAUUUCUUUUGCAGGACAAAACCAACAUGGAAGCAAGCAUACCUUACGUUUGUCUAUGGAUUACUUGGGGGUUCAUUAUAUCACAAUUUGUGCCUGGCAAGCUUGAAUUCUGCUUCAGCAACAUUCGUCACAGGCAUCAUCAACGUUACUCCAAUAAUCACUCUGGUCCUUGGGCUCAUUGUUAGGCGUAAUUCAAAAUCGUUAGAGAGCUUGGCUUAUGGAACAUGUGCAGGGAAAAUAAAAUUGGUAGGGAUAAUGUUGAGCAUUAGUGGAGUGAUGCUACUUGCGUUCUUCAAACGCGUUGAGAUCAACAUUAAUGUUUCCCCAACCAAAUUUAGCCUUCUUCCCCAACAUUAUCACAGGAGUACUCGAGACCAUAACGAUCAAGUUCUUGGCUUAGUUCUCGCGAUCAUUGCUGCUUUUAGUAAUGCCUGCUUUCUAACCAUUCAGGCGAAGUUCAAAGAGGAUACCCAAAACAUUUACUUGAUUCCAUUUAUGAUGAAUCUCAUGGGUGCAAUUCAGGGAGUUGUUUAUGCACUAGGCGUUGAGAGGGACUGGGAGCAGUGGAAGCUUGGUUGGAAUAUAAGGUUUUGGGCUUCAUCAUUUGGGGGAGUGUUCGGUUCUGGAUUGACUACGACUCUGAUUACAUGGUGCAUUUCAAAAACGGGCCCACUAUUUGUAUCCACUUUCAACCCAAUUGGGCUCAUUCUUAUGGCCCUGGUUGGGUCCUUGGUUCUCCAGGAGACAUUAUACUUAACAAGGACAAAACCAACACGGAAGCAAGCAUACCUUACGUUUGUCUAUGGAUUACUUGGGGGUUCAUUAUACCACAAUUUGUGCCUGGCAAGCUUGAAUUCUGCUUCAACAACAUUCGUCACGGGCAUCCUCAACGUUACUCCAAUAAUCACUCUGGUCCUUGGGCUCAUUGUUAGGCGUAAUUCAAAAUCGUUAGAGAGCUUGGCUUAUGGAACAUGUGCAGGGAAAAUCAAAUUGGUAGGGAUAAUGUUGAGCAUUAGUGGAGUGAUGCUACUUGCGUUCUUCAAACGCGUUGAGAUCAACAUUAAUGUUUCCCCAACCAAAUUUAGCCUUCUUCCCCAAAAUUAUCACAGGAGUACUCGAGACCAUAACGAUCAAGUUCUUGGCUUAGUUCUCGCGAUCAUUGCUGCGUUUAGUAAUGCCUGCUUUCUAACCAUUCAGGCGAAGUUCAAAGAGGAUACCCAAAACAUUUACUUGAUUCCAUUUAUGAUGAAUCUCAUGGGUGCAAUUCAGGGAGUUGUUUAUGCACUAGGCGUUGAGAGGGACUGGGAGCAGUGGAAGCUUGGUUGGAAUAUAAGGUUUUGGGCUUCAUCAUUUGUGGGAGUGAUCGGUUCUGGGUUGACUACGACUCUGAUUACAUGGUGCAUUAAUUCAGAAAUGGGCCCACUAUUUGUAUCCACUUUCAACCCAGUUGGGCUCAUUCUUAUGGCCUUGGUUGGUUCCUUGGUUCUCCAGGAGACAUUAUACGUAACAAGCGUGGCAGCAAUAGUGUUGAUAAUUGCAGCAACAUUCUUGGUGCUUUAUGGAAAACUCAAAGAAAUGGAGAAUACAAAUGUAAAUUAUCAGUCAGAGGGCUCUGGAAGAGAUCAGGAAAACGAAGAUGAGGUUGUGGACUAGUCAUCGUCAUCAUGGAAAAGAAAAGAGAAAUGAUAUUGGCACUCCCAAAAUUGAUGCAGGCACUCCAAAAUCAGUGUAACUCCAAAACCACCUUUCUUUGUUUUUUGGAGUGCCUGCAUCAAUUUUUGGAGUGCCAAUAUCAUUUUCCAAAAGAAAAUUGGUGUGUUCAUACGUACAUAUGGGGGCUUUCCAACAUGGCAUGUAAAUAUAUAAUAUGGGCCAUGAGAAUAUGUCCCAUGCAACCAUUUGUAAUAUAGAUUGUAAUUCAAUUCCUGAUGCAGAAGAUGUAUGUAUAUAUAUAUGUACACAUACAUGUGGGAACAUGCAAGAUCUGUAAAAUAGAUUGACCAUGAUCAGAAUGUCCCAUGCAACCACUUGUAAAAUAUUGCCAUGCUAUACAUACUAUACUAGUUUUUAUAA